CUCAUAGGCACCUCGCGACAUAACUCAAGUACAAAAUCGAUAAGGACCGGACGUGUGGCACACCAGUGGAUGUAUUUCCCGACUACAUUGAACACUCACCAUAGGGUGUUUUGCUUAGUUUCUGACAAAUGCAUGACUGCUUUCCUUCAACCCUCGCAAUAUAACGCUUCACCGAAAUCAAAUAUGACGAGUGAAGUAAAGAAAAUCCUAUUAUGUGGGACUCUCCUCGCUUCCUUACUCGAAUUUUAUCACAGUCAAUUUCGCUAGGGUCACUCUGUUUACACCCAUCAAUCUGCCGGUAUCUCGACAGCAGUUUCGAUGCACAUUUACUUCAAUUCCCAGAGUCCGUCCGCUCAGGAAACCAAAUAUGUGGACGUCCUUGCAUCACGUAUCUUUCGUUCUCUGAUUUCCACCUUCAUCUUUCUAAGAACAACAAAGUCUGUGGAAUGGAAUGUGCGUGGCAAGGACUUGCUUCCAAAGCAUGUACCAGGCUUUCGGCUUAUAAAACGUCUUUUGCCAUCGAGGCUAAGAAAUUGACCUGGCAAGCGAUCGAUGCAAGAUAGAAUCCGUGCUACUUUCAGCAGUUGAGGAUGACGAUCCUGAGUUGGUCACUCUUCUAGUUAAUAAAGACGGGCAUCGGUCGGGAUGAUUGUACAAUUCUUACUUGGGCCGCCAAGAAGGGA